GCCGGCCGGUCCGGGGCUGCUUGAGACAGUCAUUGCCCUGGCGGCGGCGGCGGCGGCGGUUGGUCGGUGGGGGCUGGGGGAAGCGUGACCCCGGCUGCCGGGCAGUUGGAACGGGCAGUUCCCGGGGUCGAGCGGCGGAUCGGAGCUGGGAGCGCGCCCCGGGCAGGGCGGAGCAGGCGGCGGCUGCUGGAACCCCGGGAGCGCUGGCUACGGCGGCGUCUCAGCGGAGCAAGUGUCGGGGGCUGAGAUUCCGCGGCGGCCACGGCGGCUGCGGCCGAGAUACAGGAGUAACACUUGGAAUCUGGAGAAGCAUUUUGUACAAAGUGAAAGAUUGGGCUUUCUCUUUAGUUUUCCAGAUGCAUUGUCUCAUCUGCAUACUUGAAAGACCCACAGUCACAUAAACUCUGGUUGUUAGCCAUGAAGCUGUGUGACCCAUCAAGAUAGAGAAAGGCUGCUGCUGAGCUUGGGAACCAGGCAAUUUUUCACCCGUUCAACAAUUAAACCGAUACAUUCUCUGCUGAUACUCAAGAAUAAAGAACCAGAUAAAGUCACGCACAUCCUGUGGACCGAUGGACCCUGUGGCUGUUGAAUCUCACUGUAGUAACUGGUUGCUCUGUCCUUCCAAGUUAACUUGAUACGCAGGUUGCGUCCCAGCGGACGUGAAGACCUGUGUUGAUGUGUCCCGAUGUUAGCGAAGGUUGAAGACACGAAGCCUACUAUGACUGACCCUUGGGAAGAGAAAGUCUGCAAAAUGGCCCAGACGAGCUUACUGCAGGGGAAGCAGUUUUACUGUAGGGAGUGGGUUUUCCACAAGCUUCAGCACUGCCUCCAGGAGAAGACGAACGGCUGCAACAGUGCUGUCCACACACCGCCCCUCUCAGGGAAUUCUGGGAGCAACGCUAGUGUUGUCUCUGGCAAAGGAGCCGCCUGGGGUGUGCUGUUGGUAGGAGGGCCCGGCAGUGGCAAGACGGCCCUGUGUACUGAGCUCCUGUGGCCAAGUUCACCUACAAGCUUGCAGAGAGGUUUACAUCGCCAGGCUCUGGCCUUUCAUUUCUGCAAGGCCCAGGACUCGGACACGUUGUGUGUCGGAGGGUUUGUUAGAGGCCUGGUCGCCCAGAUCUGCCACAGCGGACUGCUCCCAGGGUACGAGGACAAGCUGAGGGACCCUGCCGUGCAGAGCCUCUUGCAGCCCGGGGAGUGCGAGAGGAACCCCGCCGAAGCAUUUAAAAGGUGUGUUCUGCUCCCCCUGCUGGGCGUGAAGCCUCCGCAGCAGAGCCUCUACCUGCUCGUGGACUCUGUGGACGAGGGCUGCGACGUCGCCGGAGGCGAACAGACGCCCACCAGCCUGUCCGGGACAGUGGCGGAGCUCCUGGCCGGCCACCACGAGUUCUUCCCGCCCUGGCUGCUGCUGCUCUGCUCUGCCCGGAAGCAGAGCAAGGCCGUCACUAAAAUGUUCACGGGUUUUCGGAAAAUAAGUCUAGAUGACCUCCGGAAGGCGUACAUUGUUAAGGACGUGCAGCAGUACAUUCUUCACCGUUUGGAUCAAGAAGAAGCUUUGCGACAACACCUCACGAAAGAAACCGCGGAGAUGUUGAAUCAGCUGCACAUUAAAAGCAGUGGGUGCUUUCUUUAUCUGGAACGCGUUCUGGAUGGAGUUGUAGAAAAUUUUAUUAUGUUACGAGAGAUCCGUGACAUCCCGGGAACUCUAAACGGGCUCUAUCUCUGGCUGUGUCAGAGACUUUUUGUGAGGAAGCAGUUUGCCAAGGUGCAGCCUAUUCUGAAUGUGAUCCUUGCAGCCUGCCGACCUUUGACCAUAACAGAAUUGUAUCAUGCGGUGUGGACCAAAAACAUGUCACUAACCUUGGAAGACUUUCAACGCAAGUUAGACGUCCUCUCCAAACUUCUUGUUGACGGACUGGGAAACACCAAAAUACUGUUUCACUACAGUUUUGCAGAGUGGCUUCUGGACGUGAAGCACUGCACUCAGAAGUAUUUAUGUAACGCGGCGGAAGGACACAGAAUGCUGGCUAUGAGCUAUACCUGCCAAGCCGAGAAUCUGAGCCCGCUGGAAGCACAAGAGUUUGCACUGCACUUAAUCAACUCGAACUUGCAGCUGGAGCCCGCCGAGCUGGCCCUGUGGAUGAUCUGGAACGGCACGCCCGUCAGAGACUCCCUGUCCACGCUCGUCCCCAAGGAGCAGGAGGUGCUGCAGCUGCUGGUGAAGGCCGGCGCGCACGUGAACAGCCAGGACGACCGCGCCUCCUGCAUAGUCCGCCAGGCGCUGGAGAGGGAGGACUCCAUCCGGACCCUGCUGGACAACGGCGCUUCCGUGAACCAGUGCGACUCCAACGGGAGGACGCUGCUGGCCAACGCCGCGUACGGCGGCAACCUGGACGUGGUGAACCUGCUGGUCUCCCGGGGGGCGGAUUUAGAGAUCGAAGACGCCCACGGGCACACGCCGCUCACGCUCGCCGCGAGGCAGGGGCACACCAAGGUGGUGAGCUGUCUGAUCGGGCGCGGCGCGGACAUCAACCACACGGACCGGGACGGCUGGACGGCGCUGAGGUCCGCCGCCUGGGGCGGUCACACCGAGGUGGUCUCCGCGCUGCUGUACGCCGGCGUCACGGUGGACUGCGCAGACGCCGACAGCCGCACCGCCCUGCGGGCCGCGGCGUGGGGCGGGCACGAGGACAUCGUGCUGAACCUGCUGCAGCACGGCGCCGAGGUCAACAAGGCGGACAACGAGGGCCGGACCGCUCUGAUCGCGGCGGCGUACAUGGGGCACAGGGAGAUCGUGGAGCACCUCCUGGACCACGGGGCGGAGGUGAACCACGAGGACGUGGACGGCCGCACCGCGCUCUCUGUGGCCGCGCUCUGCGUGCCCGCCAGCAAGGGGCACGCUUCGGUCGUCAGCCUGCUGAUCGACCGAGGGGCCGAGGUGGACCACUGCGACAAAGACGGCAUGACCCCGCUGCUGGUGGCCGCCUACGAGGGGCACGUCGACGUGGUCGACCUGCUUCUGGAGGGGGGCGCGGACGUGGACCACACCGACAACAACGGCCGGACGCCCCUCUUGGCCGCGGCCUCCAUGGGCCACGCCUCGGUGGUGAACACGCUCCUGUUCUGGGGGGCGGCCGUGGACAGCAUCGACAGCGAGGGCAGGACGGUGCUCAGCAUAGCCUCGGCCCAGGGGAACGUGGAGGUGGUGCGCACUCUGCUGGACAGGGGGCUAGAUGAAAACCACCGAGACGACGCCGGGUGGACGCCUCUGCACAUGGCGGCUUUCGAAGGUCACAGACUAAUAUGCGAGGCACUUAUCGAGCAGGGUGCUAGAACAAACGAGAUUGACAACGAUGGGCGAAUACCCUUCAUACUGGCCGCGCAAGAGGGCCACUAUGACUGUGUUCAGAUGCUGCUGGAGAGCAAGUCCAACGUCGACCAGAGAGGCUAUGACGGCAGGAACGCGCUGCGGGUUGCCGCCCUAGAGGGACACAGGGACAUUGUCGAGCUGCUCUUCAGCCACGGGGCGGACGUCAACUACAGAGACGCGGACGGCAGGCCCACCCUGUACAUUCUGGCCUUAGAAAACCAGCUGGUCAUGGCCGAGUACUUUCUGGAAAACGGUGCGAACGUGGAAACAAGCGACGCCGAAGGGAGGACGGCGCUUCACGUCUCCUGCUGGCAGGGCCACCUGGAGAUGGUGCAGGCGCUGAUCGCCUACCACGCCGACGUGAACGCGGCGGACAACGAGAAGCGGUCGGCCCUGCAGUCCGCGGCCUGGCAGGGCCACGUGAAGGUGGUGCAGCUGCUGAUCGAGCACGGGGCCGCGGUGGACCACACGUGCAACCAGGGCGCCACGGCGCUCUGCAUCGCGGCCCAGGAGGGGCACAUGGACGUCGUGCAGGUCCUCCUGGAGCAGGGCGCCGACCCGAACCACGCAGACCAGUUUGGGCGCACCGCCAUGCGUGUGGCGGCCAAGAAUGGGCACUCCCAGAUCAUUAAGUUACUAGAAAAAUACGGCGCGUCCAGUCUGAACGGCUGUUCCCCGUCUCCCGUUCACACGAUGGAGCAGAAGCCCCUGCAGUCCGUGUCUUCAAAGAUGCAGUCGCUGACCAUUAAGUCGAACAGCUCCGGCAGCACCGGCGCGGGGGACGUGCAGCCCCCGCCCCUGCGCAGCCUACCCAACGGGCCAGCGCACGCGUUCAGCUCCCCCUCCGAGUCUCCAGACUCCACGGUCGACCGGCAGAAGUCGUCCCUGUCGAAUAAUUCCCUGAAGAGCUCCAAGAAUUCCUCCUUGAGAACGACUUCGUCCACGGCAACGGCCCAAACCGUGCCCAUCGACAGCUUCCACAGCUUGUCCUUUACCGAGCAGAUCCAGCAGCACUCGCUGCCCCGCAGCAGGAGCCGGCAGUCCAUCGUGUCCCCGUCUUCCACGACGCAGUCCCUGGGCCAGAGCCACCGCUCCCCGAGCAGCGAGUUCGAGUGGAGUCAGGUGAAGCCCAGUCUGAAGUCAACCAAAACAAACAAGGGGGGGAAGUCAGAGACUUCCAGUAAAUCGGGGUCAGCUGGGAAAAAGGCUAAACAGAACAAUUCCUCGCAGCCAAAGGUCUUAGAAUACGAGAUGACUCAGUUCGAUGCGAGAGGGCCCGCAGCCAAACCCGGGCCCGGCGCGCCCCCGAAGCAGACGCCAGCAGAACCUCCGUGCAGAAUGACGGCGCCGUCCGCCCAGCCGGAGGUCGGCCGGUCUCAGCAGCCACUGCUCAUUCACCAGCAGGGCGGGGAGCAGAAGAAGAGGAACGGGAUAAUGACGAACCCGAACUACCACCUCCAGAGCAGCCAGGUGUUUCUCGGCAGGGUCUCCGUCCCCCGCACAGUGCAAGACAGGGGGCACCAGGACGUGCUGGAAGGGUACCCGGCGUCAGAGACGGAAUUGAGCCUUAAACAAGCCCUGAAGCUUCAGAUCGAUGGUUCCGACCCCAGCUUCAACUAUAAAAAGGAAACGCCAUUGUAACAGUUCCCCAUCCUGUGAAACGGAAGACCUGGUGAUCGGGGUGGUUCCUCGGCCGCCGGAUGACAACGCAGCACCCGCCGCCUGCGGGAGGGAGGCAGGGAAGACACGACCCACAGGGAGCUGCCGGCCGCCCCGCGAGCGCCGCCCUGUGCCUGGCUCUGGGCUGCCGUCUUGGUGUGACCCUCUCUCGUGCUUCAGAAACUCCAUUUCGUGUGCUUUGUAUCCAUUCACUCCACCAGAACGAGCACUUUUUAAAAUGCAGGUGUAUACUGCAGUUCCCUGAUAAAAGCUGAGAAAACUUUACGUAUUUUAAGUUAAGUUUUGAUAAAUGUGCAUGUGCCAUGAUCAAAUAUAUAUGAACAGGCAGUGUUCCUUGUAUUUAUUUUUUUGUUUUUGUGGCAAAUGAAUCUUAAGCCUACUGUUGAGUCACAUCCGCGUUGCUGUAGUGUUCGGCUCGUUUCUUGUACCUUUAAAAAUGUCACUCAAUAAAAUAAACCAUGCAACUAUUUAUACCUGCUACACCUUCAGCAUCGGUUAAAAGGAGUUUCCGUUUAAUGCCACCUUGAGGUGAAGACAACGGUUUUUUCAUAGAUUUCACACUAAUUUCUAGUCUUUUAGGGAGCUGCUCUAAGUCACUGAGAUUGGGAUUUCCCAGUGGAACCCUCCCGAUCUCUGAGUUACAGCAUCAGGGAGGAGAAAGGAAAACAGACAAGGCAGAGCGCAGUUCUGUCCCAUUCACCAGGGCGCGAGUGCACCCUCCGCUCACGGGUCAUUCCACCUCCGAGAAGAUGGAUGGUCGCCCCCGAGGCCGGACACUGCCCAAGACAGAGUCGGACCUCAGUGGCGUGCGUGUAGAGGGAGGCCCAGCGGUCUCUGAGGGUGGAUUGCUGAUCCCCGAACAAUUAGCUCAUCGACUGCCCUCAUCUCCUCCGUCGAGUUGAAUACACUAUAAUUUACCAGUGCGAGUUUUAAUGCUGGCUUCUCUCUCAGUUGCUUCUAUUUUGCAAAUCAAGCAUGCUGGAAAUAAGUCCCCGCUGAAAAUCAGUUGGGUUGAUUCCAGUGGUUAGUGGGAUGAACGUUCUUGAUGAGUGUGGUAAGCACUGUCCUUCACCGGGGACACCACCAACCUGCCCGUCAUAGCACGUGUGUGGGGUUUUGGGGUAUCUGAUAAACACUAAGCUUUGUCCACAUACUCUUUCCUGUUUUCUUCCUCGGACAGCUGCCUUCGGGAUGGCCGCCAGGGUCGAGGGUGAGGUCCGUGAGCAAGCCAAAGCGAGCCAACUGGCUCCGGUGGGCGGGCAUGCGGAGCCAGCUUCAGUGGGCGCGCACGCGUCCGGAAAGGCUCGAGUGUAUUUAAAAGCCAAGGGCUUGUGUUUGAUCUUUUUAGGAGCCCCGAAAAUCUUACAAAAUCCAGAAAUUCAGUUCUUCCCAUAUACCCUUGGUAAGAAGGAGGAAUGAGGAAAGAGAAUUUGGAGAUUCAGCACAAAACCAUUGCCAGUAGGAGAAGAGAACGUUUAGAAAAUGUCUUUCUUAGGUAACCGAGGUCAGUAAUGUCAUCUCGCACGAAGGAUCUCCACGUGACACAUUGUUCACACAAACAGAAGCCGCGUGCACUUGGUCGUGGUCCCUGUUUCACUUGGAUCUUCUGUAAGGCCUUGCAUUUUGCUUUUGUUGUUUAGAGUCGGCAAAACUCGUCUUGUUCGUGUCACCGAGUCCGAGUCAGGAGUAGGAGGUGCAGUAAUGAGUUCUGUCGCCAUUAGGGUGACAUGGCAAUGUGGAGAACUCGAAUGUGAAUGUUUCAAGUAUUGAAUUUUUGUCCCCAUGGGACAUUUAUUAAUACACUUAACAGGACUCUUGCAAAGUAGCCUUAAAAGUGUUAAUGAUUCUUUUAAUAAAUAUGAACACAUACUGUUAUGAGAACCAAUCUUGGUCAUGCCUCAGAUACAGUGCAUUUACAUUGCUGUGGAAGAUGAAGCUCUAAUUUCUUACUAGGUGUAUUUUUUUUAGAGAACCCUGAAAGCUGCCAGUUUUUCUAUUAACCUUGAAUUAUUGGAAUUGUAUUUAUUUAAUUUUAUUGUUUUUGUUUUUGUUUUUUUUUACAAAAAUGCACCUUGUAGCCAAAGGGCAAAGAUAUGACUCAUUACAGAAGGGAUUUAUGUUUUUCAAACAGCUAAAUGUUUUCAUAUUCAUACGAUAAAAACUUGAAACAGUUGGUAGGAAGAAAACCUGCUGGAAAAAUAAGACUUUCGAAAGUAAGUAUUCCUCUGAAUGUUUUUAUAUUACGUUUUGGAAUAGAACAAAAAAUGGCUUUCAGUUAGGCUAAGGAUGCCAGGGAAUCCAGGUGCCCUACUUUGCUGGUUUCUUUCUGUGGGGGAUUUCAUACCGUGAUUGAAAAUGGCUUUUAAUCCACUAAGGAGAGUAAAAGGAGUCCCCCAACUAUAACUCCUAAAAAGCUAUUUUAAAAAUUAAACUGGCUAAAUUUUGUAAAUCGCCUGACGCCACUACAUGCCUACGAUGAUGCCAUGUGCUUUGAACAGGUUUGGAAUACUCCGUCUCUGCCUGCCCCUCAGAGUCAUGAGCUGACACACGGGGAGUGGUAGGGAGCACAGGAACGAAGAAUAAAGAUCUCAGUGCUUGUGGGAAAGUCUGCCCAGAGCUCAGUGUGUCCUGCGUAGCCCAGCGGUGUCUUCUGUCCCUCACCCUCGUCCCACCCCUACGAGAAUCUUCACCAAAAAGAAUUCCUUCUGCAAAAGCAGGAGUCCAUGCUUUUCUCAACAUUGUCUGGCUAUGCAAAUGUUUGUUUUGCUCCGUGUCCUCCAUUUAUUUACUUGUCUCAGCAAAUGUAGAUGCCAACAAAUACUUUCUUUUUUACUUUUCCAUUGGUUUGGGGUAUGUAAAUAGCCUAAAAUGUACAUUGAACUUCACAUUGUAAAAGUUUUAUUUUAUUCCUUGUAUUAUAUUACGCAAAAAUCCCUAUGUAUAUGAAAGUGCAUAAUAAAUAUAUUUGCUUUACAGAG